CAAAUCAACGAUUUCUCUUCACUUCUCUCCUCUUUGCUAAUCCCAAGUACUACUAUCUCACUUCCCUUCCCUUCCCUCCCCUCCCCCUCCCCCUCCCCACAUUCCUCAAGCCCUAGGAAACAAAAAGAAAAUUACUCUCAUAUAAAUAAAUAAUAAAAAUGAAAGGAGCAUCUCCAUCCCUUUCCCUUUCCCUUUCCCUUUCCCUUUCUCUCACUAGCGUCUUUUUCGCUUUUGUCUUUCCCUGUCUUUGAUUAAGAUCCCUUUUUAAUUACAUUACUAGAUAUAGAUCUCUCUUUCCAUCUCUCUCUAUCUGCAAAAUCUACACUGUCAGCUUCUAGUUCAGACUCGGAGCUCGUCCAUAAAUUUAUAUAUUUAUAUAUAUUUACACACACAUAUGUAUAAUUCUUUAUAGUUUAUAAGCGAAUAUAUAAAGAAAUGCAAAUGGGGUGAAAAAGGUUUGUAAAGCUCAUUUGCCUAAAAUUAUUAGCUUGGAUAGAAUAGACACAGAACAGCAGUGACAGAAAGAAGAAGAAGAAGAAGAAAGUGGGUUGGUUCAAGAUUAACAAUGGGGUCGGAGCAUAACGGAUUUCCACAUCAGCAAGAACCACCACCACCACGGCGCAAGAGAUGGGUAGGAUGUUUGAGUGGAUUGUCUUGUUUCGGCAAGCAAAAAGGUGGGAAACGUAUUGUGCCUUCAUCUCGUAUUCCAGAGGCCAAUGGAUUGGCAAAUCAGCCAAAUGGACCUCAACCUGGUGGGUUGACUAAUCAGACUACAACACUAGCACCAUCUCUUUUAGCUCCACCAUCUUCACCCGCAUCCUUCUCAAAUUCUGCACUUCCUUCAACAGCUCAGUCACCCAGCUGUUUCUUGUCAAUGUCUGCCAACUCGCCUGAAGGUCCGUCCACUAUGUAUGCGACAGGACCAUAUGCCCAUGAAACACAACUUGUAUCUCCCCCUGUUUUUUCGACUUUCACGACUGAGCCAUCUACUGCUCCACUCACCCCCCCACCAGAGAUGGCACACCUCACUACUCCCUCUUCUCCGGAUGUUCCUUUUGCUCAGUUUCUUUCAUCUUCCAUGGGUCUCAAAAGUACUGAGAAGAACAAUUACCUCACUGCAAAUGAUCUUCAAGCAACAUAUUCCCUAUAUCCUGGAAGUCCUGCCAGUAGUCUCAUAUCACCUGUUUCAAGGACCUCUGGUGACUGUCUGUCAUCAUCGUUUCCUGAGCGGGAGUUUCCCCCCCAGUGGGAUCCUUCAAUUUCUUCUCAAGAUGCUAAAUAUCCGAGGUCGGAGUCUGGCAGGUUCUUUGGGCUUGAUACAGCUGGUGCCUCCAAGUUGUCUCAAGAUUCAAAUUUCUUCUGCCCUGCUACAUUUGCACAAUUCUAUCUGGAUCAAACUCUUCCUCAUUCUGGAGGGAGGCUAAGUGUCUCAAGGGAAUCAGAUGUUUAUUCUAAUGGUGGAAAUGGGCAUCAGAACAGGCAGAAUAAAACUUCCAAACAAGACGUGGAGGAAAUAGAAGCUUACAGAGCAUCCUUUGGGUUCAGUGCAGAUGAAAUUAUCACUACAACUCAAUAUGUGGAGAUCUCUGACGUAUUGGAGGACUCUUUCACCAUGAGGCCUUUUACUUCUAAUAAGCCUCCUAUGGAGGACAGUGCGGUGCUUGCAUCAUCAAGUGAAAGACAAAAAGCAGAUAGAACACAUGGAAACUUGCUAAGUCCAAAAAACAACAAACCAGAAUUAGAUCAUGUUGAUGAUGGGGUCCGCUGUGAAGUGCCUGGUUCAUGCAAUGGUUUUGAAGAUCAUAUGUCUUGGAGGCAACCUGGGGAUCUUUCUGGGCGAAGAACACCAGGUAACCAUACUCGGAGUGAUGAAGAGGAUAUAUUCUCCAAGAUGGGGUCUUCCAAAAGUGGCAGAAAAUAUAAUCUGGGUUUAUCAAGCUCUGAUGCAGAAAUCGACUAUAGGAGAGGGAGAAGCUUGAGAGAAAGAAAAGGAGAAUUUGGUUGGCAUGAGUAGUCUUUGGAGCAGAAGAAACGAAGUUGUGUUCUGUAUGUAUUACUUUGCAGUUUUUGUAUUUCACGUGCAUCUGUUGGGGGUUCCGGUAAUAGGUGAUCUAACCUAUGAUCUAACAUGCUCUCCUUUACCUCUCUCGUUUGGAACUUGGCUUUUUCUGGUUGAUGGGUUGUAUCGUCUCUAUAUUAAUUCUACUCCUAGCUUUCCAUGUUAUAUAUGUAAUGAGUCGGUAGGUAUAUAUCUGGAAGAUAUGGUUUUACUCGAAAGUGAAAUGGAGCAUGAAACUUAAUUGCAACUCAUCAGUUUAUCUAUUGAUUUGAGAGUGUGUUACCCUGCAA